AUGAAGAAAAUACUUCCUGUGAAGAGUAAAAAGUACUCGAUUCUGCGAAAACUCUUAAAGCACUUCUAACUUCAAAGCUGGAGAUAAGUAUGAAUGAACAAUCCAUCUGAGUCCUUCAGUAUCUCACACAGAACACAAAAUGGCUCUUCAGAAAAAAACUGUUGCUGGUGUCUUGGAGGAGUGGUGUUUGGAGGAACCACUGUUUGGUUGCAGACGGCAUCAGAAUGUUAGGAAAAAACUGAGACUGAUACGAAUUAUAGGGCUUCUUGUCAGUGUAGUGGCCAUUAGUACUUUCUCUCUUUUGAUUAGUGCCUUUUUCAAGAUGGAACCACACAGCACGACACUGGCCAGCAGCCUAGAUAGCCAAAAGCUGGUGCGUGGGCACCAAAGAACUCUGCUGGAUUUCACUGAACAGAAUGAAAACGGCGCUGCGGACCCACACGCUGCUAUGAAAUAUGAGGCUGAGCAUGACAAUGCAACAGAUGGUCAUGCCAAGGGAGAGUACCCCGAGGACCUUUUCUCUCUUGAGGAGAGAAGAAAGGGAGCAGUGAUCCUCCAUGUAAUUGGAAUGAUUUACAUGUUCAUAGCCUUAGCCAUAGUUUGCGAUGAAUUCUUUGUUCCAUCGUUGACUGUCAUCACUGAAAAACUGGCUAUAUCUGAUGAUGUCGCAGGGGCGACCUUCAUGGCUGCUGGUGGGUCAGCCCCAGAACUCUUCACUUCUUUAAUAGGAGUGUUUAUAUCCCACAGCAAUGUCGGCAUUGGUACAAUAGUGGGAUCUGCUGUGUUCAAUAUCUUGUUUGUUAUUGGAAUGUGUGCUUUAUUUUCUAGAGAGAUCUUGAACCUUACUUGGUGGCCACUCUUUCGAGAUGUGUCCUUUUACAUCGUUGACUUGAUCUUGCUAAUCAUCUUUUUUCUGGAUAACUUGAUCAUGUGGUGGGAAAGCUUAACACUCCUCACAGCGUAUUUUUGCUAUGUGACUUUCAUGAAGUUCAAUGUUCAAGUAGAAGAAUGGGUGAAGAAAUGUUUAAACAGGAACAAGGUUGAGAAGGUAGCAACAGCAGACGCUGAAGGAAAGUCACCUAAUGCUGGCGACAAGGAUGACCAAACACUGACGACCAAGCCACGGCUCCAGCGGGGAGGAAGCUCUGCAUCUCUCCACAACAGUCUAAUGAGGAACAGCAUCUUCCAACUUAUGAUUCACACACUUGACCCGCUUGCUGAAGAGCUUGGAUCAUAUGGAAACCUAAAAUAUUAUGACACAAUGACUGAAGAAGGAAAGUUCAAGGAAAGGGCCUCAAUUCUACAUAAGAUCGCCAAAAAGAAGUGCCAGGUGGAAGACAGUGAAAGGCAGAAUGGAGCUGCUAAUCAUGAAAAAAGUGCAAAAGUGGAAGUUGCAGUAACACCACCAAGUGAUUCAGGACCAGUGCAGAAUGGAAUUGCCCAUAACGUUGAAGAAGAGAAUGAAGAGGAUGAGGACCAGCCUCUCAGCCUGGCCUGGCCUGACACCCCACGCAAGCAGCUCACCUACCUUCUUGUAUUACCCAUUGUUUUUCCACUGUGGGCUUCCCUCCCAGAUGUCAGAAACCCUAGGUCAAGAAAAUUUUUUCCUAUCACAUUUUUUGGCUCUAUCAGCUGGAUUGCGUUUUUUUCUUACUUAAUGGUCUGGUGGGCACAUCAGGUUGGAGAGACCAUUGGUAUUAGCGAAGAAAUCAUGGGAUUGACUAUUCUAGCUGCUGGCACAUCCAUUCCCGACCUUAUUACCAGUGUCAUUGUAGCACGCAAAGGUCUGGGGGACAUGGCUGUAUCCAGUUCUGUUGGAAGCAACAUAUUUGACAUCACAGUGGGCCUUCCUCUACCGUGGCUCCUGUAUGCUGCGAUUAACAGCUUUGCCCCAGUGACAGUCAGCAGCAAUGGGCUGUUCUGUGCCAUUGUCCUCCUCUUCAUCAUGCUGCUCUUUGUCAUCCUUUCCAUCGCUUUCUGCAAGUGGAGGAUGAAUAAAAUCCUGGGCUUUCUCAUGUUUGGGCUUUAUUUUGUGUUCCUGAUUGUCAGUGUUCUCCUGGAGGACAAAGUGAUCCAGUGUCCUGUCUCCAUCUAGUGGAAAGUGCUGUUUCUCGAGAAAAGAAAAACAAACUAUAUAUAUUUAUUCAAAAUAAUAUAUAUAUCAAAAUGAAA